AUGGUUCGGUACGCCGCGACUGAGAUUGCGCCCGCGAAGUCGGCUCGCUCCCGCGGGUCGUACCUCCGGGUCUCGUUCAAGAACACCCGCGAGACCGCCCAGGCGAUCAACGGCUGGAAGCUCCAGCGCGCCCAGGCUUUCCUCGAGAAUGUCUGCGAGAAGAAGGAGGCCGUCCCCAUGAGGCGCUACUGCGGCUCGAUCGGCCGGACCGCCCAAGGCAAGCAGUUUGGUGUCACCCGCGCCCGCUGGCCCGUCAAGUCCGCCGAGUUCCUUCUGGGUCUCCUCAAGAACGCCGAGUCCAACGCCGAUGCCAAGGGCCUUGACACCGGCAACCUGAUCGUCAAGCACAUCCAGGUCAACCAGGCUCCCAAGCAGCGCCGCCGCACAUACCGCGCCCACGGUCGCAUCAACCCCUACAUGUCGAACCCCUGCCACAUCGAGUUGAUCCUCACCGAGGCCGAGGAGGCGAUCCAGAAGUCGGAGGCUGUUGUUCGCGACGAGCACCUUACCUCGAGGCAGCGCGGUGUCCGCGUCCGCCGGGCUAUCACCGCUGCUUAA